CUGGUCUUGUCAUUGAGAAGCAAGAUGGCGUCAGCAUCAGAACAUCAGGGUGCUGCUGACAGCGAACUGGACGAAUUAUUAGACAGUGCUCUUGAUGAUUUCGACAAGACCAGUGUUCCCCCUGAGGCCCCCACUGCCCCUGAUGCAGGAACGAGUGAAGGGAAGCCCCCUCUGCUGGAGGACAGUAAGUUCUUUGAGACACUCUUUGAUGGUGAGAUGGCCAAUCAAGCACGCGAGGAGUGGGAGAAAGCCAUGGCUGAGCUAGCGCAAGAAGAACCUGACCUUUUACAACAUUUUCAUAAGCUGUCUGAGGCAGCAGGUAAAGUAGGCACAGAUGUAGCUUCACAGCAAGAAUUCACCUCCUGUCUUAAAGAUACCCUUAGUGGUUUGGCGCAAAAUGCGGACAACCUUCAGAGUGCAGGACUGGCUGGAGAUGAUCUGGUAAAGACCUUGGAGAACCUGGGAUUGAAUGAAAAUGGGGAGGGAGGAGGAGAAGAUGGCAAUAUUCUCCCAAUUAUGCAGUCCAUCAUGCAGAACCUUUUGUCUAAAGAAGUUCUCUACCCUUCUCUCAAAGAGAUAACAGAGAAGUACCCUGAAUGGUUGGAGGGCAACAGGCAGUCCCUCCCCCCAGAUCAGUUCAUGCAGUAUGAGCAACAGUACAAGAUCAUGGGAGAGAUAUGCAGCCAGUUUGAAAAAGAUGGAGACAAAGACAGCACAUUUGAAAAUAUUCUAGAACUCAUGCAAAAGCUCCAAGACUUGGGUCAACCUCCAAAAGAGCUUGCUGGAGAGGCACCUCCUGGCUUGAAUUUUGACCCAGAAUCUCUGCACCUUCCUGGAGCACAAGGGCUUCCUGGAGCAGAGCAGUGCUCAGUCAUGUGAUCUCAAUGAGGUCAAAUUUAUGUAUGUUUAAAAACUAUACAAUUUGAUGCUAAUUAUCUGAAUUGGACACAGUGGAUCAUGCUCCGCUUUUAAAGGAGUUUGUUUUGUGUCUGCACUGAAACUGUGAACUUUACUACAUUAAUUUGACCUUGUAGUUUUUGUCCACAGAGGUUCUUUUCAUAUUCAUCCCUAGUCCAUUUACUGUUGUCACUGUAGAGCAGCUCUUAAUGUUUUGAGUGAAGCUUGAUAUCUCAAGUGUGCCGACAGCUUUUUAAGAAAGAAUCAAUUUUUCUUCAAGCUCAUUUGACAACUUGUGCGGUGAAAUUAGUAGACACAAAUUCAUUGGGUGACAGGAAAAGUAUUUCCACUUUAAUUUUACUUUUAAAAUCUCAGAAGAAUGGUCAGAGGCUACAAAUAGCUUUCAUCAGAUUGAUGAAAUCAUUUUAUUAUAAACUGUUAUAUUGUAUCCUCAUACUAUAUCAUUAGUUUUAUUUCUGUGAUUUGAUAACUAAUUAGUGACAAAAUAAUCUCAGAUUAAGAUUCAUAAAAAAAACUAACUGCAGGCACUUCAGAUCCAGUAUAUAUUCUUAAUAUAAUUGUGUCAAACAUAGGCUGCAUUUGUAUUUGAGUGGAAUCUAAUGGUUAUUGUGUCUGUCUGCAUAUAGUUCAGUUCGGAGUAGUGAAUUGCCAUGUAUAUCUAAAUCAUUGCCAUCAUUCCUGUGGUGGUGCCUUUGUGAUCAUAAUAAUAGUCCUAAUUUGCCUUUAUUAAAAGAAUAUGAAUACUUUUUCUUAACAUUCAAAGAACAUCACCUUAAAUCCCAGGAUAUCUGAAAAAGGUUACAUUUUGUAGUCAUGCUUUUGAGGGGAUGUUUACAGGUUUCUUUUGCAAACAGUUUUGAAUGCCUGGAAAUGGGAUCCUUUCACAGGAUUGAGUAUGGAACUGAUGGUUGUCUUGCUUUCCUGACACAUGUUAUUGGUUAUUUGUAGUAUGGUAUUAUCUGCCCAAUAUGAGAAGGGUAGAAUAGGUUUGAUGAACGGGUCAAAAAUAUCCAAUGGUUAUGACACUCAGGGGUUGCUCAAACGCCCAAGCACUUGAAUCAGCUCAUCAAUAUUCUUUAUCAUGUUAAAUAUUCCCUUAAAUGUACAGUUCAUUGGUUUUUUAACUUAAAAGACCAAAUUACUACAUGAAAGUCUAAUAAUAAAUGUUAUAAACUUACA